AUGUCCCGCGCAACCAACGCAGCCGGCGAAAUCCCACCCAGCGCACGCGACAUCUCCCUCAUCCUAGCAUCCACACCAGGCGUAAACGACGCGCAACCCGCCGUGCUCCUCCAACUCCUCGAGUUCGCGCACAGAUAUACCGCCCAAGUGCUCCAGGACGGGCUCGUCUACGCCGAGCAUGCGGGACGGAAUAAUAAGCUUGAGCUUGAUGAUGUGAUUUUGGCGGUGCAGGCGAGGGUGGGGUGGGAGCUUGGGGGACGUGUUCCGAAAGAGUACAUCAUGUCACUCGCAACCCAAACAAACUCGCAACCCCUCCCCGCCGUCCCCGAAGCAUUCGGCGUCCGCCUCCCUCCCGAAUCCGACCGCCUCACCUCUGUCGACUUCAACCUCCUCCCGAACAAACCGCCCCCCACAAUACAGCAAUACGACGAAGAAAUCGAGGAAAUCGAAGAGGAGCCCUCCGACGAGGACGAGGACGAAGACAUGGAGCCCGCAACGCUCCCCCCUCCCCAACAACAUAUACCCCAGCAGCAGCAGCAACCGGCGGCGAUGGGGAGUGUGCCGUAUGCGCCGUCGGACGUCGAUAUGAUUGGGGUGGAGGACGCUGUGGCGCCGGGUGAGAACGAGGAGGGGUCGGACGAUGAUGAGGCGUUGUUUGGUGGGGGCGACGAUGAUGAUGAGGGGAUGGAGGAGGUUACGGCGCCCGCGGCGGAUGCGCAGGCGAAUGGGGUUAAGAGGAAGCUUGUGGAGGACGAUGACUAUGAUUGA